CGUUCCGCUUUAAUCCUCCUCAAGCCAUCUCAGGUCGCUCUGGCCCGGCCCCUCUCUCCGGGGGUGGCGGGUCCGGGGGACGGAGGGGGUCACUCCGCCCCUUCGCCCGGGGACCCCUGGGAACCGAGGUGCCACAACUUGACAUGGAUUUUUCAGUACUUGCUUUCCUUCCUCCAAUUAGUCAACCCUGUGCAAGUGGGUUGGUCAGUUGUUUACUAGGAGUCUGAGUGUAUGACAGCAGCUGGGUUAUUUAUUCUGAGGAUAGAUACAGAAUGGAAGGACUUUAAGUGAAAGACAAGUUCUGCUUCAUUAUGGAGACAACUAGCUUUGAAGGGGAGCCGGAUAGAACUUCGCAUCAUGAUGAGAUCAAAGACUGCCAGGGAUCCUCAAGUGUGGUAACAAACAACGAUGAAGCUCAUGUUCUGAGUCCAGGAAAGAUGAGCCAGCGUCAAGGAAAAGAAGGCUAUCUUACUCCAACCAAAGAUCUACAGCAGCCAUCAUUUAGUCCAGGAACAGUCCAUGGCCAUGGUUUUGACAGAGGGAAGGAUGAUGCAUCACAAAGUAAAGAUGAUUCUACGCAAUCAAUGUCAAAAAGCAAGGCGCAAUCCCCAGAACAUAGCCCCCAGUCAGAAUCUAAGCUUUAUAAUGGCUCUGAGAAGGACAUCACUGCCUCCUCCCCCAGCUCCUCUACUACCAAGCUCACAAAGAAGGAGUCUCUUAAGGUUCAAAAGAAAAAUUACAGGGAAGAGAAGAAAAGAGCCACAAAAGAACUACUUAGCACAAUCACAGACCCAUCAGUCAUUGUUAUGGCUGACUGGCUGAAGAUUCGAGGUACACUGAAAAGCUGGACCAAACUUUGGUGUGUGUUGAAACCUGGAGUACUGCUUAUUUACAAAACUCCCAAAAAUGGCCAGUGGGUGGGAACAGUACUUCUGAACGCUUGUGAACUCAUUGAGCGGCCUUCAAAAAAGGAUGGAUUUUGUUUCAAACUUUUCCAUCCUUUGGAGCAAUCCAUCUGGGCUGUUAAGGGUCCUAAAGGUGAAGCUGUUGGAUCCAUAACACAACCACUACCCAGCAGCUACUUGAUCAUCCGAGCAGCUUCAGAAUCAGAUGGUAGGUGUUGGAUGGAUGCAUUGGAGCUGGCUUUGAAGUGUUCAGGUUUGCUCAAGCGCACAAUGAUUAGAGAAGGUAAAGAGCAUGAAGUGACCUUAACAGAUGGUGCACACGUGUCUUUCUAUGGUCUGCUACGUGCAAACAACGUGCAUAGUAGUGAAAGCUUCCCGCUAAAUGAUAGUGAAAUGGAAAGGCAUCACUUCAAAGAUCCAGAUCUGUAUUCUGAUAAAUCAGAUAGGGAAAAUGAUCAUGAUCGCGAUGAAUCGGAUAAUGAUGGCUUGGGAGAAAGUGACACUGACACAUCUGAGCGGCAGGAUGACUCGUACAUUGACCCUGAACCUGAUCAUAUCAAGGAAACAACGUAUUUGGAAGAAGUUCAUGAAGAGCUUGGAGAGGCAGGAGAAGCUUCCCAAACAGAAACAGUAUCAGAAGAGAACAAAAGCUUGAUAUGGACAUUACUAAAACAAGUACGCCCAGGAAUGGACCUCUCCAAGGUGGUGCUGCCCACGUUUAUUUUGGAAACUCGUUCUUUCUUGGAUAAGCUCUCUGAUUACUACUAUCAUGCAGACUUCUUAUCUGAAGCUGCCCUUGAAGAGAAUGCUUACAAUCGUAUGAAACAAGUUGUGAAAUGGUAUUUGUCAGGAUUCUACAAAAAGCCAAAGGGACUUAAAAAACCCUACAACCCUAUCCUCGGUGAGACCUUCCGUUGCUUGUGGGUUCAUCCAAUAACAAAUAGCAAGACUUAUUAUAUAGCUGAACAGGUAUCUCAUCAUCCUCCAAUAUCUGCCUUCUAUGUAAGCAAUCGAAAGGAUGGAUUUUGCCUUAGUGGUAAUAUCUUGGCCAAAUCCAAAUUUUAUGGAAAUUCAUUAUCUGCCAUUCUGGAUGGUGAAGGACGGCUGCUGUUCCUAAACAGAGGAGAGGAAUAUGUAAUGACCAUGCCAUAUGCACAUUGCAAAGGAAUUCUGUAUGGCACAAUGACUUUAGAGCUUGGAGGAACUGUUAGCAUCACAUGUGAAAAAACUGGAUACAGUGCAGCACUUGAAUUCAAGCUAAAGCCAUUUUUGGGCAGCAAUGACAGUGUUAAUCAGAUAAUGGGGAAAAUUAAACUUGGAAAAGAAGUGCUAGCUACUCUGGAAGGCCACUGGGACAGUGAAGUUAUUAUUAGGGACAAAAAGACAGAUGUUUCAGACACAUUCUGGAAUCCAACACCUGAGAUCAGACAGCGCAGAUUAAGAAGAUACACAGUGAAGUUUGAGGAGCAAGGUGACUUUGAGUCAGAGAAACUUUGGCAACAUGUGACCCGAGCUAUAAAUAACAAAGACCAAUCAGAAGCAACUCAGGAGAAGUGUGUUCUUGAAGAAGCACAGAGAAAGGCUGCCAAAGAAAGGAAACUUGCAGAUGAAGAGUGGGUAUGCAAACUGUUUGAGCCAGAUCCACUCACAGGGGAAUGGAACUACAGAUUUGCAGACACAAGACCUUGGGAUCCACUGAAUGAUAUGAUACAGUUUGAAAAAGAUUGUGCUAUCCAAACAAAAGUCAGACAUCGGACACCAAUGGUUAGUGUUGCAAAAAUAAAGAGGUCUGCAAAAUCGAAGAAAGGGGAGAGUGGCUUUUCAUCGCCAGAACCCGAUAAUCAGGACUCCUCUGGUAGUGAAGCACAACACAAACACAGUGCAAGAAUCCGAAAGAAGACGCUAGACCUUGGUGAACUGCAAAGUGCCAUUGAAUCUAUAAGAGAGACGCAAGAAGACAUUAGAAGAGACAUCACAGCUCUAAGAACCAGAAUGACUUCAAGCUCACAGACUCCAGAUAAUAACUUCUUUAACUUCAAGCACUAUGUCUUCAUUUUACUGAUGAUUCUCCUGCAGCUUGCAAUCAAUUACUGGUUUAAAUAGAAUGACUGGACAGAUGAAUAUAUGAAGUGGAAAUAUCAUGUUCUUCGUGGGACCAUAUUUUCAUCUUGGUUUGGCGUCAAAUAAGGCAAUAUUAUCUAAAACACAGGGACACAGAAGAUUUAAGUCUUGGCCUUAAAAGGCUGUGCUCACAUGGAGCAAUGUCCGUUAUAUUCCGUCCUAUCCAGAUGACAUGGACAAUGCUUACAUACCAGUACCUUUCUCUUUGCAUCUUUAAAACGUUGGAUAACUGCCUUGCAUAUUCUAAAGUGUUGUAGACUGCUCUGAUAAAUACCAGUACAGAAUAUAGCAGUCUGGGAAUUCAAAAACACAUAUCUUUCUUCACUGUAAUCAUAUAAUCUCCAGUGGUCAUAUUAACAAAACAAGUGAAUUCUAACCUAAAAUGUCUUCAGAGUUUAGUGGGAAUUAUGGUCUUCAUACAUUCAUUAGGAAAAUUAUAUCCAGUGAUACUCAUUUGGAAACUUAAUAGUGGUAAAAAGAUUAAACUACUCAGUUGUUCAUUGCUAUUAAAAGAUGCUUACGCAAUUAGUCCAACAUUUCAUUAAUCGCACAUUUCUGUGAUUGUUACGUAUCUGCAGUUUCCCUUAGUUUAUGAAAAUGGAAUUCCAUUGAUCACAUUAGUGAAUUUAGGAGAAAUACCAUUACAACAGUCCAAAGAGAGCUUUGUGUGCUCAGCAACAUUAAAUUCAUUUUUUCCCAAACAGCAUCGUCUGUUGGCAAAUUGCAAGGUGCUGUAUUAUACAGUGAACAGUUUCAGAAACUCAUUAUGUUGACAGUGGAAGCCGUGGUUACUGUUGGGGUAGAAAAACGGUUCUGUUUGAUACCAGAAAAGACUUUCUAGGGUAAUGAAGCAUCAGCAUAGUUUUCAACAAACACUGGGUUUAAUGGAGCCAUUUGAGCCAUCUGAAUGUAAUUGUGUCUGAACAGUUAUGCUAUAAUAUACAGUCUUGGGUAGCAACCUCAGCGUUUCAAGAAUAAAUCCCAGGAGCCAGGUAAUUCCCACACAGUGCUGUUUAUAAACAUUCGCUUUGAGGGGGCCUAGAUCUUAGCACUCAACUGUAAAUGAAAAAAACCCAGUCUUCAAAUCUUACUGGAUGCUUUCAAAUUUCCAAAAGACAAAUCUGUUCAAAACCAAUUUUUAGUCCUGCUAUUCUGCUUGUUUACAUGACAUAUAUAGUACGAAUUUAAGAUGCAAGGCAACAUGCAGAAAAGUAGGAUGUCCCAAUUUUCAGUGAUCUUAUUUUACAGCAAAUAUAAAUUCUUUCAGUAAGACAUGCGUACGUGGCACGCUGUCGAUCAAUUUAGCAGUCAAAUGUUAUAUAAGAAGCUGUCAAUUUACUACUUUUGUUAUGUAGUCUAAAACAACUUAAGCAGAGUAAGGUAUCCUGGAUUCAAAUCUUUCUGGUUUAAUAUUUGCAUUUGUCCAGCCCAAGAUGGAGAACCUGUGGCCCUCCAGAUGUUGUUGAACUCUUAACUCCCAUCAUUACUGGCUGUAAAAGUGAAGAGUUAAGAGUCCAGCAAUAUUUGGACAGGCUUCCCAUCCUGGUCUUGCCUGUCUUUCAGGUCUUUCCCUUUUGUUCUGCCUUGUGGACUUUUUGACAAAUCCAAAUUUUAAAAAUCAUAUUUAAAUCCGCAUCAAAUACUGCACACUUAACACACAAUUCCAUAACAGUGUAUUAACAGGUUUCUAGUGCUGCAAAUCCAAAGUUAAGAUUUAACAUGGUUGUAGCAGGCAGUUUAGUCUGCCUAGCUGGAUGCUUUACAGAUUGCCUGGGAUGCUGUCGUAGUUACAAAUACAAGUUGGUAAAAGAUCUCCGUUGACAGUAGCACCACCAAAUAUUUAUGCUGAGGUUGAUCUAUAUGUAUUAGUGAGCAUUUGGGACAACUAACUGUUCAUACACUGCAAUACCUAGUGGUCAAAACUGUUAUGUUAACUUGCUUUCACUGGACUUUCGCCCCAGUCUGCUUAAUGUGCAUACCUAAUAUAUUCUAUGUCUGCCUGCUUGCACAUAUGUUCUAUUCGUGCAUUUUUUUUGUAGAGCUGGAAAACGUAUUCAAUUGCUUUAUUCUUUGGGGCAUUUAUUUAUUUAUUUGCUUUUAAGAAAACUUUCUGUGGCAAAGUUAAGUCACAAGAGUCCUGUCUUCUCCUGUCUCAAAUAUAAAAAGCACAGCUCUUAAAAUUUAAAUUCCUGCUUUGCUCCUUUACAGAAUUCCUUGGGUGAGCAAAACAAAGGAAAUUAUUGCCUGAUUAAUUUUUUUAUACAAUGUGGUUGAUUAUAGGCAUAGUUUGUUCAAAUAUAAUAUUUAGCUAUGUGUAUACGACCUUAAAUUCCUUCAGACCAACUGUUUUCUGCACAUAGUUCUAAAAACCCUGAUUGUACAGUUUGUAGAACUCUGAAGGCAACGGCGUCCCUGUUAAUUUUUAGUAUUUAAAGCAGAGCACUUGAUUUCUCACUCGAUUGUGUAUAUUUUAUGUACAGAAGUAGAAAAUAUUCAGAAUUGCUUGUUACUGCCAUAUUUAUGGCUGUUUGUUUAAAAGAAAUGCACUAUAAGCCUUUAAUAUGCCAUGUAACCAUUAACAUACCUAAAAAGAAACUAAAUGUGUUGGGUGUAAAGUAGUAAAUAGAGUUCUGGCAAUACACAAAAACUUGUAACUCACGUGUUAGAUUAGUUUUUAACUAUUAAGCAUCCCUUAUAGGAGUACAGCAUGCUUCCUUUUCAUGAAAAGUUCAUUCUAACAGCUAAUCUGUAUGUAUCAAAGGAUGUUACAGUUCACUGCCCUCCUGUGCCUUUGGGGAAAAACUUCUUGCCAAUUCAAUGUUAAUGAAAUGGAAUGAGAGUUAAAUACAUUCAUCUCAUCUACCACGAUGGUAGUUACUUGCUUUAACAACUCUUUCUUCAUGGUUUUUAUCCUGUUGUAAAUAGAAUACUUAACUGCUAAACUCUUGUGACUGCUAUGUUUCUACUGUAUCCUCAAUUUUUGGGCAUCUUUUGAGAGCAGGCCAUCAGAAACUUGAGUAUUGUAAUAGUGCCUUGAUGGAAUUCACACAGAGAUGAGGAGUGUUUAUGAUAACAAUGUUGUCAAGGUUGUGCCAUAUCUAUUCAUUAAACUUGGAAGUUGCUAUAUUUCCAAUAUUAACUUUCAGACAAACAAUUUGAAAAAGAUAUGGUACAUUUAUUGAAGAACACAUCAGAUAUUUUUUUCUUUGAAUAACUAGUAAUGACUAGGACCCAACAAGAUCUCCAGAUUUUGGAGUGUGUCUUCUUAUACAAUGAAGCUGCAAUGCUUUGUUUGUGAUACUACAAAAAUAGCCAUAAUAAAAAUCAUAACGUCACAGACAGAUUAUUUUGGCUUCACUUUGGUUUUCAUGGGUCAAAAUAUUCUGAGAAAAUAAACUUUUGUGAACAAAAGUGUGUGUGGGAUGUGAGGAGGAAAAUUACUAAGAAUUGAAAGAAAACUAGGUCUCCAAUUCUUGAUGGAGCUUGUGGAAAAGAACACUUCUAAUCAAAUAGCUUCCUUGUGUGAACCAAAAAAACACUUUUAGUGGAUUUAAACUUUGGCUCAAAUCUGGAAAGCACUUUUAAAUAUAAAGCAUUCUGCUAUUCUUGAACUCUUGUUCACAUUCUUUAGUUUUUGAGCUUCACACAGUUCCCACCACAUUUUUUUUUUUACUUUAACACAUUGCUUGGAUUUUUAUACUGUUACACUUUUUAAACUGAAAAUGGGCUGUUUUACUAAAGCUGUACAGACCAGUGGUUAAUCCAGUGCAUACAAUAUAUGUAAGGAAAAGUAAGAAGUUAUGUCAGACAAUGUGAAUGUUAAUGCACAUAUUUUAUAUAUAUAGAGAGAAGAAAACCCUAUUCAUGAAAGUUUUUUGUUUCUACAUAUCAUGUAAAGUAGCAUUAUUAUUGCACUGUUUUCUUUUUUUAAAAAAAUCAUGCUGCAUGCAGUGUGAUAAGAGAAGCAAGUAAUUCCUUUAAAAGAAGUGGAAAUUGUGUGUUGCAUGCUUAAAUGUACAGCUGAGUUCCAACUUGUUUAAAAGGCCAUUUGUAAAUUUUAAGCUCUACCAUUGGUCAAUAGUUUUGUACACUUGAAGAAAUAAAAUAAAGAGCUGUGAUCAAGAACAGUA